AUGUGUGCUAGUAAUAAUUAUACACAAAAACAAAAUGGUACAUCACGAAAACAAUACUUUGCAUCUCAAGCAACAACUUAUCGAUCUCAAUUAGAAAACGAUGAUACAGGUUUUGACGAUAACUUUGAUGAUGAUGAAUGUCGUUAUCUUGGUCCAACUUUCACUCAACGUUCAUCAAGACAAUCAGAAUAUAAUUAUCCACGUCAACCAACAACAACUUCACGUUAUGCUAAUAGUCCAGUUCAAUCACCUUCAGUGAAACGAAAGCACAAAGAUAUUUCUGUUGGAGAAGCAUUGAUUCUUGAAAAACUUGAAGAACUUACUGAACAAUUAAUAACGUUACGUGAAGAUAACCGAGAACAAUCGAAAAAAUUAUUCAAAAAACACGAAAAAACGCAAAAGGUCGUUUGUAAAGUUGCACAAGCACAAAAUCUUAUUGUUCCAACAAAUUCAUCAUCAUCUGAACCAUUAGAACCAGUUAUAUUCAAUGAUCAAAAUCUUCUUGAUGAUGUUGAUACGGACCAAACGCCAACAGUUUUUUUAUGUAAACUUGUUCGACGAUUAUAUACAGUUCAAGAAAUUGAAAAUGGUGUAGCACAUGAUGAACGAAUGUUAAAAAUUAAACAAGCUGUGAGAGCAGCUUAUUAUUCAAAUGAUUCCGUCAAAUUUGCCAUCUUCUGGAAAACACAAGGACAUAUAUCUCUUCAAGGUCAAAAACGAUCUCAAAAUUAUCGUACUCGACAUCGAAAUGAUGAGUAA